GAGCGUGGGGGUGGUUUCCAGUACGCUGUAGGGCUCUGGAGCCUUAAGACAGAUCUCGACGGCACUGCAAUACAAUUCACCGAUAUGUAACAUGCACACCAUUCUGCCCGCUCUCUGCCUCUCUGCUUUAGCAGGGAGCCUGAUUGGAUGCGGAAAAGCAGAACACUCGCCAAGCAGGCAAAUGCAACCAUAUUUUGACAUUAACACCCCUCUUAAUGUUUCUGCUCAUAUUGGUAAAUCAGCAUUUCUCACUUGCAUUGUACAUAAUGUUGGCAACAUGUCGGUUUCGUGGGUGAGACACAGAGAUAUUCACAUAUUGACUGUCGGCGCUUAUACUUACACUUCUGAUCAAAGGUUUAUGUCGUUGCACAAGAAAGAAAGCAAUGAAUGGACCCUUCAAAUAAAAUGGGUUCAAAAAAGGGAUUCUGGUAUGUACGAGUGUCAAGUCAGUUCUAUACCGGUCCAGUCCCUGUUUGUUCAACUGUCCGUAGUUGUUCCAUCUGCUGUCAUUCAUGGUACUCCAGAUGUUCAUAUUGAACACGGAAGUACAAUAAACCUAACUUGUUCUAUAAAUUAUGGAACUGAACCACCUGCAUACAUUUUUUGGUAUCACCACGAUAAGAGUGGUAAAGUCGCAGUCGUGAAUUACGACUCAGAUCGCGGAGGUAUAAGCGUCAUUACUGUUAAGGCAGAAGUGAGCACGAGCCAUCUCGUUAUACGAGGUGCAAAAGAAGCAGAUGCUGGUAAAUAUUACUGCAGCCCUUCAAAUGCUGAUGUGGCCUAUGUACACGUUCAUGUACAUUCAAGCAAAGGACCGUCAGCGAUACAAACAAGUAUGGGAACUCUCGGAAACAGUUACUUCUUCAUGGUGUUUGCAAUGGUGACUCUCACGUUGAACGCUUGAAAAAUUGUAUAAAGGACUUUUUUAAUAAAUGAAGAAGAAAAAAAAGACUUCAAUAUAAAGUGACUAUGUUGAUAUUUAUUACAACUCUUUCUCCUGAUAAAGCUUCUGUUUUUUGUUUUGUUUUUUUCAAAAACAGAUCUACUGUUGGAAAUGUUAAUGGAAUAUUUAGAUGUGAUUUGUAUUUAACUAAAAUUA